GCUCCAGUCAAAUAUUCGCAUUCAAUGAAAAAGGUUGCUUACGCCCUUCAGCACCGAACGGCGUACCAGAGGAAAAAAAUUUUAUUCAGAGCCAGACCCUUACAAAAGCUGGAUAAGGUGCCUUGUUUAGCGUACUGUAUGUGUGUGGUCGGUCAAGUGAAAAUUGAAAAAUAGAAAAAAAAUUCCAACAGACUUUCGAGUGAAAUUUUAUUUGUUUCCCAUUUUUUUUACAUUUAGUUUUUUGGGUUUCCUUAAAAAACGUUUUUUCUUUUUUGAUGUACAGUGACGAUUUGGUUGAGUUUUUCAAUUUUGCAUUCGUUCGGCAAAGGACAAUAGUUUCAGUGUAAAAAAACAAUUUUUUUCGGUGGCAAGAAUAUGGAUUAGGUGCUGCACACGAAUGGGAUAAAGGUGACGGCUCUUGCAGAGUAUCAUGACUAAAAAUGUUACAAACUGGAGCUCCUGGAAGACAUUUUUUUUAACACUUCUACUAACAUGCUUUAAUCAUAUCGAUUACACAUCAGCUGAAAAUAAUAUUGGGUGUCUUUUCGUAGAAUCUUUGUGCUUGGAAAACAUCGAAUGGUGUUUUGAUGAUUAUGCUUUCGGUAAAUGUCUUCCAAAAUAUGGAACUGAAUCAGAACAAGAUGAAUUGGAACGUGAGCCACUCAAUGAAGAACAAUCACAUAUCCUGUCGACGAUGCUGGAAGAACUUCAAGGGGCUGGAUUAGGAUGGGACCAUUUGUUCGUACAAUGUCGUAUGCAAGGAGCAUUGUUCUCACUACGGAACAGUGUUCCCAUGCCACCGAAUUUGUGCGCCAAUCUGGCACCGGAUCCACAAGUUCUGGAUCCACAAAGUCCACUGGCAUUUGUCCGAUUUCAGCCACCGGAUGAUGCAUACGCGGACGAAGUAUACUUUCCGCCGGAUAAAAAGGGAUUCGACGACAGACUUUUUUUGCAACCAUUAAAAUCUAUACAACCUCAGAAGAAACUCACCUCACACCGACUGUACGGGAGUCCAUUCAGUCCUUUUGACAAUGCAGCUGUACCAUAUAAACGCUCCGACUAUCUGGAGAAUGCAGUUCCCAGCGAAGAGAUUGAGAAUCGCAUCAAAGACAUCAAAAAUCGCAUUGAGCUUAGGAAAAUGUUGGCUGAGUAUGAAUCGGGACAAUUGAAGCCGCCGAUCUAUUAUCAGCAAGACAUUUUCGAGAACAGUGCCAAUGAAGAACCGGCCGUGGAAGAUUACUUACUGCCGAAUAUGAAACGAAUGCCUGGACAAUUUGAUGCGAUUGACGACGACGACUUUCAGGAUGAUCCAUUACUUGACGGGUCGCCGAAAACCUCAUUCCGUGAAAUGUCCAGAGAACUGCAUAUACCAAAAGUUGAUUUAAACCAUCAUAGCAUCAAGUCCCAUAAACAUUCAGACCCGAAGCUACAAGACGCCGAGGAGACGAAUGAGUUACCACUGGAGCCAUUAAAACUGAAUGCCAUGCGAUACUUUGACGAAUCGAACAACAUUCUACCCGAUGAAUCUGGUGUGUAUACGGAAGGAGGGUUGGUCUAUCUUUCCGAUUCCAAAAAACAUCAAUCAAAGGUUGACCGCAAAGCAGAAGCCCGAAAUCUACUAUCCAAUAUGCUGGGUUUCACUAGGCAUGAAAGAUUAGACGUUAAAAAACCUGGUCCUCCGGCUGCACCUCCACCAUCAUCUCAAUCACCGCAUGAAACACCGAAACUACAGGAAAAUGUAGAUGAAAAACAGGAGAUUAACAAAGAGGUUUUGCCGACACACAUCAAGGAUGAUCACUCGCCUAAAACCAAGAAAGUCUUGCAUACCGACAAUGACCAUGGACCUCAUUCUGUAGACACUGAUUACACCCAUGUCAUAUUGAAAUCAUCCGUUGACGACUGGAACCACGGACGCCGGAUUGUUGCAGCCUUAGCUGAUAUGCUCAACAUGCAAAACUAUUUCACAUUUUCGAAUUUGGCUCGGCAUGAAAUUACGUUCCGUGUCGAAGAGAAUCCGGAAAAGAAAACCGCUGCUGAUGUUGCUCGAGCUAUCAAUGAUAAUCGCUUCAAGAACAACCUGUCCCGUCGUCUCGGUGUCAAUGUACUGCGUGCAGGAGUUGGAGACAAGACCAAGGAGCUAGAUUCAGCUAUCUAUUCGAAACGAGAAUUCGCCGAAGAAGGACCCAAUGUCACGCAUGUGUUGGUUUAUAUGGUAGCCGGUGCCGGUUUGGCGGCUGGCGUUGUGAUUGUUAUGACACUGUUGUUGAUUCGGCGUCACGAUAAGAAACUCGAUAAACUUGGUGGACUGCAAAAAGGAUUGAUUGCCACAGAAGCGAGCAGCAAGGAUUAUCAGGAACUGUGUCGUGCUCGCAUGGCGGGUAAGGGAAACGAUAGUCCUUCUGCUGGUCGAAUGACAUCUAUUUCUAAAGAUAACGAGAAGGCACCGUCAUCACGAUCCAGCACAUCGUCAUGGUCUGAGGAACCAGCGCUAACGAAUAUGGACAUUUCAACUGGACACAUGGUUUUGUCGUACAUGGAAUCACAUCUGAAGAAUAAAGGCCGACUACAACGCGAGUGGGAAGCGCUACAACGUUAUGAAGCUGAACCAAGCUCAAGAGAUACAGCCAUUCAACCCCAAUGCGAACCAUUAAAUCGACCUACAGCUCCGUUACCAUACGAUCACUCUCGAGUAGUCAUCAAUCACUUGGCGAAUGCUGAAGGAUUGGACUAUGUGAAUGCAUCAACGAUAACCGAUCACGAUCCCCGAGCUCCAGCGUAUGUUGCCGCUCAAGGUCCACUUCCAUCGACUCUGGCACAUUUCUGGCAAAUGGUAUGGGAACAGGGCGCUGUUGUCAUUGUGGCUUUGUGUAAGCUUCAAGAAAAUGGAGAAAUUGCUUGCGCAAGAUAUUGGCCGGAAGAGGGAGCUGAAGUGUAUCACAUCUAUGAAGUUAAUCUUGUCAGCGAGCACAUAUGGUGCGAAGACUACCUAGUACGAUCAUUUUACCUAAAGAAUCUACGUACCGGCGAAACUCGAACCGUUACCCAAUUCCAUUUCCUAUCAUGGCCUGCCGGUUCGGUUCCGAUAGCCGCCAAAGCACUGUUGGAAUUUAGACGUAAAGUUAAUAAAUCGUAUCGCGGACGAUCAUGUCCCAUUGUUGUGCACAGCAGCAAUGGUGCCGGUCGAACUGGUGCAUACAUUCUGUUGGAUUUGGUGUUAGCUAGAAUGAAUAAGGGAGCGAGAGAAAUUGACAUUGCGGCAACGCUUGAACAUCUGAGAGAUCAACGAUCCGGUCUGGUGGCAACGAGACAACAAUUCGAGUUCGUAUUGAUGGCGGUGGCUGAAGAGGUUCACGCCAUUCUAAAGGCCCUGCCAGCUAACACCCAAAACGAGAAACGCGAGCUUGACAAUGAAGCUGUUAAGGAACAGGAACCGGAAAAAGAUACAACGGACAAAACUGAUGAUACAACGGAAAAAAAGACAACUGCAGAAACGACAAAGGAAAAAUAAUUUUUUUUAUUUUAAAAGAAUUUUAGAAGACAUACGGGCGGUCGGGUAAGUUAAGUUUUUAGCUUCUUUUUGUUUUUUGUUUUUUUUCGUAUAAAGUCUCGAGCUCAUAAGUUUUCAUUUCCAUAGUUUUAUUGAACAACCGUUGAUUGAAUUGAACAAAUUGGAAUUGAUUAAAAAAAAUGAACAAAAAAUUAAACAAAAAAAA